AUGGUGCUCAAUAUUUCCGAAAGUGGUGUGUUGCUCGAUGGCUCGGCCAAAGUCAUGGCUGGGCUUCCUGCCCAAGCAUUUGCCAUCAGUCUGAGCGGGAGCGUUAUUGAGGAUAUGAUUUCCUGCGUUCGGAAUGGCGGGGAUAUCCAAUUGGCGCUGGGGAGCAAUCCGAAAUUCCUAUUCGACGAUCACGAGCUUCGGAUACCCAAGACAUCAGACCCGUCCGGCUACGACCUUUUCCGGACCGAUUCCGAAGACCCCUCGAGCGCAAGCAAGUUCGCCGAACCGACCAUGUCGAUCUUGAAGACCCCCAAACAGCACAAGCUUGCGGUCAAGGCGAAGGCCUCGAGACCGGCAAAGCCAGCAGGAAAGGGAGAAACGGUGAAGAAGGCGCCUGUCCGAGCCCCAGCGAAGUCCUCGAAUGCCACACCAAACACUGCGGCCCGGCCUGCUUCUUCGUCGGCCAAAGAGCCGGGCACACAAAAAGGACCGGAAGACGCUGCGGCGAAGCUCAAGCGCUCGUUUGAUAACCUGGCGGCAGACAAGCGCGAGAACUCUGCUGUUAUUGUUGGUGGUCUGCCCAAUUCCAAAGGGGGGAAGUUCGGUCGAUUGCUCGAGACCCACGCCGGCCCUACGCCUCGGUCAUUACCACCCAGUCCAGCUUUGAGCGGCAUUGGCUCGCCCUCGCUUUUGCCGUCCGGUAACUCGACACAGGAGAGAGCGAAGCAACAGCGAUUUCCUCUCAUGCACGAGUUGGCGGUCCAGGAUUUGUCCCGUGAGGAGCUCUUGGAAAGGUGGGAUGAAGGGACCGAGGAAGAGUUCAACACCGUGCUCGACAAGGUGGCGUCCUUUGACAAGGACAUGCAGAAGUGGGUUUUGCGGAAGAACUGCUGGAAGGACUUGGACGUUUUCGAAUACGACUAUUCGGAUGAUGAACGCCGCCAGAAGGCCAUCGCCAAUGCCAUCAAGUGGUUCGACCGCAAUCGGCUAAGCGCAUCGGACCCCCUUUGGCAGAAGCUGCUCCCCAAGGCGGACCGCGGAAAGGGGAUAUGCCUCAGCAACCUGCAAGUGACGCUUGCCAAGGGUCCCGUGGCAGCGAAACAGCGGAGCGAUGCGGCCAGCGCCAGUGGGGCCGACUCGGACAGAGACGACUCGGCAGCUUCGACCACGAAGGGCAAGGGCGGCGAGCCCAUGUCGAGGUCGAAUUCCCAGACGUCGACAGGGAAAAAGAAGCUGUCUGCAUCGGAAGCACAGGCGAAGCGGCUACUGUCGACCACCAAGAAGAAGCCGCUUCCGGCGCCGACAACCAAGGCAGCGCCGAAAACCUCAGCUCCCAAGCCAGCAGCGAAAGCCCCGCCCGCCAAGGGUGGACGGGUCCUGUCCAAGGAGUUUGUCUCGGAUUCGAGCUCGAGCGACGACGAGGUGCCCCUCUCGUCGUCCAAGGGGAAAUCCAAGCCCGUGGGCGCCCCUGCCCCGAAACCGGCACAACGGGCAGCCCCGAAACCAAAAGCGGCGGCGAAGAGCAAGGAGGUGGCCCCACCGAAGCCGAAACCUGCAGCGCCGGCAAAAACAUCGCCGCGGGAGCCGAGCCAUGAGAGGGAGAAGGACACUAUCCGUGCCCAAGUCAUCGCCAAGCCGAUCAAGCCUAGCGCCGCCAAACGUCCGCGGGAGGCUGACGAUGACGACAGCUCCAGUUCCGGCACCCCUCUCAUGAAACGCGUGAAGCCUCCGGCGAAGCCCCUACCCGCUUCGACGAAGGCACGCACGGCUUCCGAUGCGAGUCAGAACAGCCGCGCGGGCAGCGCCGGGGCAACCGCGCCCAAGGCCAAGAACAACUCGCCGGUCAAGUCGUCGCCCCUCGCUUCCUCGCCGCCAACAAACGCUACGGACGUCGAGCAAGACCGUGCCGCGCUCAGCCGGGCGCGCUACCGUGAGCGGGAGCGAGAACGAGAGCGGGAACGGGAGCGGGAGCGGGAGCGGGAGCGGCGCCGCGAGGCGGCCGUGCGGAGCUCUAGCAGCAACACGGACAGCAGCUCCGGCAUCAGCGUCGGCGCCGCCAAGAAGCGGCCUCCUGCGGACUCGUUGCAAGCGAGCAGGGUCAAGCGGCAGCGGCCCUCCCAAGAGACCGUCGAGCUGGCGGCCAGGUUUAGGCAGUUUUACUCGCGGUACGAGCAGCUCCACCAGGACAUCGCCAGCCACGACAACCCCGACCCGGACAAGCUUAGCGACCUGCUGGAUAUGCACAAGCGGCUGAGCCGGAUGAAGACGGAGAUCUACGCUGCGGUCGAGGUUUAA